CCCAUCGCCGCCGCUCGGUAUGAAGGUCGCUGCCGCCGUUCCUUCGCCUCUGCCCGCCGGUCCCGGUGGGGCGCUGAAAGCCGUGCGGCCCGGGGAAGCCGCCCGUUGUGGGCCGGGCCCGGGAGCUGUAGCUGCUGAGCAGGCGGCCGCCGCGCUGCUGUAUGACAUGAAGGGCUGCUACUCGCGUCUCCGGGCGCUGGUGCCCACCUUGCCACGGCACCGGAGGGUCUCUAAAGUGGAGCUCCUGCAGCACGUGAUCGACUACAUCUGGGACCUGCAGCUCGCGCUGCAGCCUGGCCCUCCCCGGCCCCCCGCUGCUGCUGAGCCUCCCGAGGCUCCGUGCAUGGCCGCUGCCGACCGCAUAUUGUGCCGCUGAGAGAGACCUCCACGGACCCGAACGGGGCCCCCCGCGCACGGACCGGACCGGCAGCUGUGGGCUGUGCCGAAGUGCACGGAAUGGACGCCCCUACGGAGCCGACUGCCGCGGCUCGUAACCUUCUCAGAUUGCUGAGAGCAUUCCCUGUAUUGUAUAUUACAAUGAUGCUGGAGAAUAUUGUUCUACAAUAGCUGGAGUUUUGUUAUUAAACAAGCCCUGAUUACCAGGCAA